UGACAUCUAUGUUCAUGGUGCUGUUGAGUAACAAAUAUUUGCGCAUGCGUAGUCCCGGCGAGUUGCGCUCCUGCAAUGCUGUUUGUGUUAUGAGACUGGUAUUGCCUCAGGACACACGCUCUGUAUCUUAUUGCUUACAUAAUCAAUUGGUCGGCCACGACAAGAGACAACUGCAUUUCACGGUUCUCGUGUCCACCGCGAGGAGAAAUUAACAGAAGCCGACGGGCAGCUGUGACGAGAUGUUACCAGCUAGCAGAUACUCGAGUAAAGCCCACAGGUGCAUUAGGGCCUUGAAAACAGUACAAGUAGACCACACGUCACCUCAGCUGUAUACCACAUUACAAAGACGGAGCUGCUCUUCAGUACCUACGCCUCGCAUCACCACACACUACACUAUACACCCCCGGGAUAAAGAUCCAAGAUGGGAAGGCGUGGAAAUGGAAAGAUUCGCAGAUGAGGCGGAUGUGGUCAUCGUCGGCGGGGGUCCAGCCGGUCUGUCGGCUGCCAUUCGCCUGAAGCAGCUAGCUAACGAGCAGGAGAAGGAGCUGCGCGUCUGCUUGGUGGAGAAGGCGUCGCAGAUAGGAGCGCACACUCUGUCGGGGGCCUGCCUGGAGCCCAGCGCACUCGAAGAACUCAUCCCGGAUUGGAAAGAACGAGGGGCUCCUCUCAAUACACCAGUGACUGAGGAUGUCUUCAACAUUUUGACAGAGAAGUACAGGAUCCCUGUUCCUAUGUUACCAGGUCUGCCUAUGAGAAAUCAUGGGAACUACAUCGUGCGUCUGGGCAACUUUGUCCGCUGGCUGGGCGAACAAGCUGAGGAGCUAGGAGUGGAGUUGUAUCCUGGUUACGCUGCUUCCGAGGUUUUGUUCCACGAAGACGGAAGUGUCAAAGGAAUCGCCACCAAUGACGUCGGAAUCGCAAAAGACGGCUCGCCAAAGGACGUAUUUGAGCGAGGGAUGGAGCUCCACGCCAAAGUCACGGUGUUCGGAGAAGGGUGUCACGGCCAUCUCGCCAAGCAGCUCUACAAGCAAUUCAACCUGCGAGAAAACUGCGAUCCCCAGACGUACGCAAUCGGCCUCAAGGAGGUGUGGACCAUUGAUGAGAAAAAGUGGCGUCCUGGACGAGUGGAGCAUUCGGUGGGCUGGCCACUGAACAGGAACACAUAUGGUGGUUCCUUCCUGUAUCACCUCAAUGAAGGAGAACCUCUAGUCGCGCUAGGCUUUGUGGUGGGUCUCGACUACUCCAACCCUUACCUGAGUCCCUUCCGUGAGUUCCAGCGAUGGAAGCACCACCCUUUUGUCGCACCCACACUGGAGGGAGGCCACAGAAUAGCGUACGGAGCCCGCGCACUCAACGAAGGUGGAUUUCAGUCUGUACCUAAACUGACCUUCCCGGGCGGCCUCCUGAUUGGCUGCAGCCCAGGCUUCAUGAACGUGCCCAAAAUUAAAGGUACGCACACAGCCAUGAAGAGCGGCAUGCUGGCGGCAGAGGCCAUUUUCCCACGAGUCAUGGCGUUAGCUGAGGGCGGCGAGUCGGAAACGGCAGGUCUUCACAUUCCCGAGUACACCGAGGCCUUGAAGGCGUCAUGGGUGUGGAGGGAGCUCCACAGCGUGAGGAACAUCCGUCCGUCAUUCCACAACUACUUCGGUUUGUACGGCGGUAUGAUCUACACGGGGAUCUUCUACUGGAUCCUUAGGGGCAAAGAGCCGUGGACGCUCAAACACUGCGGGCGUGACGCCGACCAGCUGAAGCCGGCCAAAGACUGUACGCCUAUCGAGUACCCCAAGCCCGACGGAAAGAUCAGUUUUGACCUGCUGUCGUCCGUGGCGCUCAGCGGAACCAACCAUGAAGGAGACCAGCCCGCCCACUUGACCCUUAAAGACGACAGCGUGCCCGUCAACAGGAACCUCGCCAUCUACGACGGGCCAGAGCAGCGUUUCUGCCCUGCUGGUGUGUACGAGUAUGUUCCCGUGGACUCUGGUGACGGCAUGAGGCUGCAGAUCAACGCUCAGAACUGCGUACACUGUAAAACGUGUGAUAUCAAGGACCCUAGCCAGAACAUCAACUGGGUGGUCCCGGAGGGCGGAGGCGGACCGGCCUACAACGGAAUGUAGACAAAUGGCUGUCCACCAUUUGAGGAAAAUACGGUAAACUUGAGUAGGUGUUCAGGGCUUCUCUUCAGAAAUGACGUGCCUAUCAUUGCUGUUAUACAGUCAAAACUUUGGAUGGUUUCAUAUUCGGUAGCAAAAGAAAACUUGCCUGGUCUUGUAUAUGUAAUAAUUAUCAACACAAAUUAUGUUUAUAGAGCCUGGAUUUUUAUUAAUUUAUGAUGCGACGCUACUGCUGCCCAAAAAAAAAAAAGUGAGACUUGAACAAGUCAUUUGCAUAAAGUGCCCUUCAAGUACAUAAACUAAGGACUUCAGCAAGCUCUUUUGAUAAGUUAACAUUUAUUCCAGGUACAUUUUACUGUACUGUACAUAAUGUCACAUCAGUGAAUAAAACUAUAUGACUGUUCUGCA